AGUAUUUAUUUACAAUUGGUACGUGUUUCAUUGUACACUGUAAUUGUGCGUAUUGAGUUGCUGCUGUAUUCAAGAUAUUCAAAGUUCAACAAUAGCGACGAAGUUCGUUGACUUAAAAUUGUCAAUAACAAAAUUAAAAUGAACUUGCCCUGUACACGGUCUUACAGUUCUGCGCAAGACGUCCAACAUGCGCAGAUCACUGCAAUGCUACAAAAUCAACUUCACUCCAUUGCCUCAAAUAUCGUGAAAAGAUAAUCUUUUUUGGAAUAAUACCUAUCUAAACGGCAUAAUGCAGAUUUUGUUCAGUAUUAGUGGUUAUUAGUUAGUGUUAGUGAGUGAUAAUGUUCAAAUAAAUUGAGUGGUCACAAAGGUUUUUUAAGUGUAUGAAUCAAUUAAGAAUUCAUUGAAGAAAACAUCAUGGACAACGAGCAGCCUCACCAGGAGUUGGUGAAGUGCGUGGUGGUGGGAGACACGGCCGUGGGCAAGACUCGGCUGAUAUGUGCCCGGGCAUGCAACAAGCACGUGUCGCUGUCACAGCUCAUGACCACACAUGUACCGACCGUGUGGGCUAUAGACCAGUACCGGAUAUAUAAAGAUGUGCUAGAAAGAUCUUGGGAAGUGGUUGAUGGUGUGAAUGUAUCACUGCGUCUAUGGGACACCUUUGGAGACCAUGAAAAAGAUAGAAGAUUCGCUUAUGGAAGAUCUGAUGUAGUUCUCCUCUGCUUUUCUAUAACAAACCCCAUAUCUUUGAGGAACUGUGGGGCUAUGUGGUAUCCCGAGAUUAGACGAUUCUGCCCUAAUACACCGAUUUUAUUAGUGGGAUGUAAAAACGAUCUACGCUACAUGUAUAGAGACGAAACAUAUUUAAAUUAUUGUAAAGACCGCAGCCCUUUUAUUAGGGCUCCAAGAAAAAGUGACCUAGUAAUGCCGGACCAGGGUCGCGCCCUAGCGCAUGAGUUCGGCAUAUAUUACUAUGAGACAUCGGUAUUCACUUACUAUGGAGUCAACGAGGUUUUCGAGAACGCCAUCAGAGCUGCCUUGAUUGCUAGGAGACAGCAACGGUUUUGGAUGACUAACCUGAAGAGGGUUCAACGACCUUUGUUACAGGCCCCAUUCCGCCCCCCUCGUCCCAUGGAGCCCGAGGUGGCGGUGGUGAACAGCACGUACUUGGAGAACAUGACCACGCUACUGCGGCAACAGUAUUUCUCGGACAUGGUGAUAAUAUGCGGCGCGAAGGGGUUCCCGGUGCACCGGUUCAUGUUGGCGGCGGCGUGCGAGGCCUUCCACCGCCUGCUGGCCACGGACGCCGUCACCCUCUCCGCCGACCUCGCCCGCAGCUCCAGCGAGAGCAGCAUGGUGAGCAGUAUGGGCGAGGCGACUACGGGCGAGUUCAACGAGGACACUGAGUACUUGAUACGACAGGACCAAGCGAAACAGAUGAGGGUUUGGGAUCAGAUAAAGCGUCGCUCGUCGUGUCAGAUCCUGCCUCUGAGCGACAGCUGUAAGAAGCCUCCGGACUUGUAUCGGGAGGUCAACCAUCCGGCCAUUAACUCCAUUAGAGUUGUCAAGUGCGACAAAAUCCAACACGCGACCUCCCAAACACAAACCAUAGUUACUAUGAGCAAGUUAAUAUCACAGACUGUCAUGCAAGAGAUCAUCAACUUCAUAUACACCGGCGCUUUAGACAGCAGCGCCUUCAAACAACAGUCGGCUGCUAUCGGAUUGUUACUGGAGAUCAGACAGGCGGCGGAACUGCUAGGCUUCCAUGAGCUCACCAAACUGAGCCAGUUCAUACUGGACCAACAUCUGUUGUUCGACAAGGGAUUCAUGCUGCAGUUUCAUACGCCUCUAGGCGGUCGUCUCCGCGACAUGUACGUGGAGCGCGCCCUGUUCGCGGACGUGACGUUCGACCUGGACGACGGCAUCCACCUCGCGCACCGCGCCGUGCUCAUGGCGCGCUGCGAUCCCAUGAAGGCCAUGUUCCAGGGACACUUCAGGGAAAGCACUUCUAGGGUGAUAUCGUUCCCGGGUGUGAAAAUGUACGCGUUCCACAUUCUCCUAAGCUACAUCUACAGCGAUAAGAUACCAGCGGUGGACCCCCUGCGGUGUUUGGAACUGUUGGAGCUAGCUAACAGGCUGUGUAUGAACCGCCUCGUCAAUCUCGUGGAGGCUAGGGUCAUAGACCAACUGCAGCAGAGAGAUCGAGUAUGUGGUGAUGACGAUCAAGUUGUUGAGAUAGCACUGUCACUCCUAGAGCCUGUUAAGCUGCACAACGCGCACAACCUGGCGGACUGGUGCAUGUGGCGGCUGUGCGGGGCGUACGACCGCGUGUGUCGCGCCCGGCAUCUGUCGCAGCCCUCCCGGGACUACCUCUCCGACAACCGGUGGCCGCCCGUCUGGUACGUGAAAGAGUACGACUACUAUCAGAAGUGUGUGAACGAGCAGAGUAAAGAACAGAAGGAGCUACGGCCCACCACUUCUCUGCAAGCCAAUCAACAGACUGGCUGCCUAUGUUUUUCUAGCAAGGUCCGGCGCGCCAGCGAGGCGGGCGGCGCGGACGUGACGACGGCGCUGUGUCGCGCGGGGGACGCGGGGGGAGCGGGGGCCGCGGGGGGCACACAGGACGCGCCGCCGCUCUGACACCUGCCCUACUGGAGGUCUCUCCGGUUCGCGGUGCUCCUGCCAGUAUCGAUGUGCUUCAUGAGCACAAUACUGACUAUACUGAUACUUUUCCACGUCUACACUUAAACACUGCUCACUAGAAUACUUGUCGUUGCACUAAUAUAUAUUAUGGAACUAUUAUGUAAUAAUAUAAUACACGGCUCCGAUCGAGGGAGGCUGGUGUUCUGACAUCUCGAGAUUUGCGCAAGUACAGUCGACAGUGAUCGUCCGUUUAAACUAUACCCAAAAUUUAUCGGCCCACUAUCAUCCCUACAGAGUGGACUUCCCUUGGGUGCGAACGAAACGGUUCAAAUCCACGUUCCUAAUCAGUGCAGCCAGGGAAUGGAACAACCUUCCGACUUCUAUUCUUCCUGGGAAAUAGAAAAAUAGC